CGCCUACAUUAAAUGAGAAAGAUGAAUUCGCUGUUCGCUGUUCUUCUUUCUUGUUUUAUAUUCGUUUGCAUUGAGGCUCACGUUUGUCUCAUCUUCCCUCCACAAAGAGGAGGGAUACCCGAUGCUGUAUUCACAUAUGCCGGUGACAUAACAUGUCUACACGUUCUAAAAGCUCCUUGUGGUGGUAUGGCAGCUGAAGACCCCAAAGUGUCGUUCAAGGCAGGACAAAAUGGUAGUCUUUCGAUCCAAAAGAAUCUUGAUCACUACUAUGCUAGCAAUCCGGGGUAUUGGGGAGUUUAUCUGUGGACAGGAGGCGCAAAAAGAGGUAAAUAUGUUGGUGGAUUCCCUGACACAGCUGAUUUCAAGACUUUUGAUACCAGAUCUGUCGAUGCUAUGAUUCCAGCUGACACACCCACAGGGAAUGCUUUUAUACAGGUUAUUUAUGCUCCUAAUAAUCCUGAUACUCCCAAGAUGUUUUACCAGUGUGCUGAUAUAAAAAUUGAAUGAUUAUAUCCUGUGAUGCGAUAAUCAAUAAAUUUCCUCACUUUAUCUUGUUAUACUGUAUAAAAUUUUAACUGUUUUUUACUCUUUUUUGUAUUUAUGAUUGUCUGCUGCAGAAAAAAUUGGAAGUCAUUAAAAUUAA